AUGACAGAGGCGGCAAACUCGCAGCGCAUUUCCGGCUAUGGGCCAGUAGACAAACCCUCAUGGGAGCCGACAUUUAUCGAUGAAUCACCUCCCUAUCAAGGCAUUCGAAUCCCACGCCAAGAAUGGAAGCUAGAAUGCAGCAGCGCUGAGACUAGCUUCCCAUGUCAGAAUGCGAUUGAUGGAACCAGCACAUCGUCUUGGCGUAGUCAAUUGGGCUCCGAGAGUCACAGCAUUAUAGUAGACCUUAAUAAACCUCAUGCUGUCAAUGGGCUUGUUAUCUUACCUCCGAUUGAUAGUGAAAGUAAAGGUCUCAUCACUCAACACGAAAUAUACACCAGCAACGACAAGAAGGAUUGGAAGAGUGUCGCAUAUGGAAUGUGGCCCAACACAAAUAGACAGCGACUAUCCGCUUUUGAACCCACAUCCGCUCGAUACGUGAAGCUCAAUGUUAGUACUGGGGUUGGUGGUCCGUCUUGGAUCGGUAUCUCAGAGAUCAAUAUCUAUGCGACACUGUACACCAUUCCCCAAGAUCCCAAACUCGGUGUCUGGGGUCCGACUAUUGAUUUUCCAGUUGUUCCAGUUGCUGGUGCUCAAGAGGCUUCUGGAAAGAUUGUACUGUGGUCAUCGUGGGCUUCGGAUCGGUUCAAAUCAACACCCGGGGGUAAAACGGCCAUGGCACGUUGGGACCCAUCGACAUCUGAAGUAUCGGAGCGCAUUGUUACCGACACUGGGCAUGAUAUGUUUUGUCCGGGAAUUUCCAUUGAUGGUACCGGGGUGAUGGUCGUUACUGGCGGAAAUGAUGCUUCCGUGACUAGUUUGUACGACGCUUCCACUGAUCAAUGGACAAAGGGCCCCGCAAUGUCAUUACGUCGUGGAUACCAAUCAUCAACGACCCUCUCUGAUGGACGUGUUUUCGUCAUUGGUGGCUCUUGGCAUGGAACCGCAAGACUUCCCAAAGAUGGAGAAGUUUACGACCCUAACAAGAAAACCUGGUCUAUGCUUCCCGGUGCCACGGUCGAACAAAUGUUGACCGAAGAUAUGGAAGGUCCGUGGAGAGCUGACAAUCAUGGUUGGUUGUUCGGAUGGAAGAAUGGGAGUGUUUUCCAAGCAGGCCCUAGCCGAGCUAUGAAUUGGUACUUUACAGAUGAAAAUGGUAGUGUCCAGGGAGCUGGACCUCGCCUGAAUGAUGCGGAUUCCAUGUCCGGAAACGCUGUAAUGUUUGAUGCUACAGAAGGCAAGAUUCUUACCAUUGGGGGCUCUCCUGACUAUGACGCGUCUUUUGCCACCAGUAAUGCGCAUGUAAUUACUCUCGGGGAACCUAGAGAACAUGUGGAUGUAAAACCUGCCGGGAUCGGCGGUAAAAUGCAUUCAAAACGUGUUUUUCACAGUUCCGUCGUCCUGCCCGAUGGGACUGUUUUCAUUGCCGGUGGCCAGACCUUUGGGGUUGCUUUCAACGAGGAAAAUGUACAAUUCGUCCCCGAGCUGUAUGAUCCGAAGACCAACACUUUCACUGAGCUACUGAGCAACAACGUCAUUCGAGUUUACCACACAUUAUCGAUCUUGUUGGCAGAUGGCAGGGUUCUAAACGCGGGUGGUGGGCUAUGCGGUGACUGCUCAGCUAAUCACUAUGACGGUCAGAUCUUUACGCCACCUUAUCUCUUGACCGAAGAGGGAAAACUUCGUGAUCGUCCCGAAAUCAGAUCAACUGUCCCAUCUGAAUUGAACGUAGGCGAUGUGUUUGAGCUCAAAGCAAGUGUCCCGAUUCAUUCUGCGUCCUUGAUUCGCAUCGGUAGUGCCAACCCACACCAGUCCAACACUUGA